CCUUUCGAAUGAUACUUCUUGAGGUUCAUAAUAGGGCUGUGGAAGAUAUACUGAGUCAUUUGUUUGAGUGCUAUAAAAAUGAUGAUAAAUUUGAGAGAAUUGAUCACAAGAUUGCAGAUUACGACGGAGUUAUUUACAGAAUAAACACCGCUAGAGAGAGCAGAAAGAAGUUGUGUAUUAGCAUUUCCAUUAGGUUUUUUAAAGAGCUUCUGGAACAUGGCGUCAAAGAUCUCUUACAACGUGUUUAUGGAAACAUGCUUCAAGAGACUCCAGAAAGCGGAUAUAAUGUUACAUUAUCCGUCGAUUUUACAGAUUUACCUGUAAGUGCUGGUGACUGCAAUGCCUUGGCUAGAAAGAUUGCGUUGUUGAAACGCAAUUGUUUUGCAUCUGUCUUCGAAAAAUUUUUCAUGAUUCAAAGUCAGGGAGUAACUGACCUUAAACGAGCUAUAAUUAACUACAGAGAUGAUGAAACCUUAUACAUACAAGCUAUGCCAGAUCGUGUUACAGUUAUUUUUAGCACGAUAUUCAAAGAUGCCGAUGAUAUUAUUAUAGGCAAACUAUUUAUGCAGGAAUUCACUGAAGCUCGUAGAAGACUUGAUCGUGCUCCACAGGUAUUAUACUCUGGCAGAGUUCCACCAUCAGAACUACAGGGCACGUCUGCAGCAACAGGAGACAACAUUGCUUAUAUAACUUUUGGUAAUUGA